AUGCCGGAUCAGACGUCGAACAUCGAUGUGGUCAAGGCAGCUGAGACCACGACCUGGUCAAGCCAGAUAGCGCUUGCUGUUGCAGAGACUGUACAGAAUGGCACUCAGCGAGACAGCUGGUGGCGAAGUGAGGCGUGUUUCCUUGUAGCCUCCCACGUGCUCCUGUUUGCUUCAGCCAAUUGGUUCUUUGCAAAGCUUCUCUAUCGAGACUACGAGGUCAAGCAGCGAUACAUCCAACUUCUUUUUGCCGUGGGACUGCCAUUUUUGGCCGAUGUGCUGGGCAGCAAGUUGGCGUGUUGCACUGGAACACGGAGCCAGGCAACCUUUGCGGCGUCUUCCUCCAUGCCGGUGUCUUGGGCCUUGGAGGAAAUUCUGAUGGAUUGGCUUUGUCUUCGAGGUUUGAGCUGA